GAAGGAAAAUAUAAAACGAGGACCUAUACAUUUUCGAAUGUCGAUUCCGUGGCAACAGCUGCGGGACGUCAAUUGGAUGAAUAAAAAGGCUUGUGCAAAUCAAGCAUACAUUCCGACCCAGGUGGAGCACAUAGCAAAUGUCAUCACGCACGGUGUAUGGGUUGUUCCUAGUAUAUUGGCUGGUUUAGAACUGCUGCGAAGGUCCACAAAUACUACCCAGUAUUUGUCGGCAAUCAUCUACGGCGCUGCACUCACCAUGCUGCUCACUGUAUCCACGUUCUUCCAUUCAGUUUUCUACUGCAAUAAAAUAAGUGAGCAACUGAAGGACGCCCUUCACCGAUGCGAUCGGGCCAUGAUCUACGUCUUCAUAGCUGGCAGUUACUUUCCUUGGCUCACUAUCACGCCAGAGCCUCAGAUGACCACGGUUAUAGUAGCCAUGCGCUGGGUAGUUUGGCUCCUUGCUGCUUUGGGCAUUCUGUACCAACAAAUAUUUCAUGAGAGAUACAAGACCUUUGAGACCCUACUGUACUUAAAUGGAGUAGGACCCUCCAUUGUGAUAUUACUGUCUGAUCACGAGUUAUCGGGACUGGCAGAAUUAAAAUUAGGCGGCGUUUUAUACAUUCUGGGCGUUUUCUUCUUCAAGGCUGAUGGUUCCAUACCGUGUGCCCACGCGAUAUGGCAUUUGUUUGUUGUAUUAGCCGCCGCUGUGCAUUACUAUGCUAUUUUGAACUAUUUAUAUCCAGAAUUGACGUCUUCGAGAGGAUGAGUGUUUUUUAAUACCACGUAUGACAGAUCCGAUUUAUAGCAUUGUAUAGCUUAACAAAAUCUUCAUCUUUACCUCGUUGCAUUACCUUUGUAAUAGACCAGUAAAAUGUAUAAAACAAUGUAAUAAUUACACUGAUUGGAUACAAUUGUCUAUGGAUUACUUACUUCUUCCCUUGGAUAUAUCUGUAUUAUGUUACUGGCAAACUGUAAAGCUUUACAAUGCUAUCAAUCGAUUGCUUAAUAACAUUAUAUGUGCUUAAAAAAUAGAUAGCUGUAAUUAAUUUGAACACUAUAUAUAUAUAUAUAUAUAUAUAUAUAUAUAUAUAUAUAUAUAUAUAUACAGUGUUCAAUGAAAUAGGAGUUGAAUUCUGGAUGAACUCAAUGAAAAUCAUGACAAACUAAUCAGAUACAAGUACCGCAAUGAUAUUUUUUUAAUUGUGAGAUAGCCAAUAGAUU